CUUUGAGAUGCUGGGCGCUCCUUCCGGCUGAUCUGGGGACGCAGGAGGGGCUUGCAAGAGGGCGCCUCCUGCUUCUAAUCCUGGGAAGCAGCCAAAGGGGAGCGGGCGUCCGAGGUGAUCGUUCGGGGAGGAAUUGGGCUUUAGGAGCUGGAGGGGAAGGGUGACGAUGGACUUUGAUCUUUCCAUACCAUACCAGAACUUUGCCUCUCUAGGACGCUGCACUCUCUCUCUCUCUCCAUCACCCUCUGCGCUUUGCUGCAGCUUCAGCAAGAGAAACAGUCCUUUGAAUGAAACGUUUCUUGGAGAUUCACAUAAGAGUCCUUGGACCCAUUUGGAGUUGCGUUACAGGACAGAGAAAGAAUGGAGACCCAACCUUUAGCAAGUGAGGGAACUGGAAAAGGACUUUCAACUGUUCAGCCUGGGCACUGUAAGGAGAUCUGGGCAAGAAGUGGGCAGAAGAUCCUGGAAGAAGACACCAUCAUCCCUUCCGAAGUUCAGUCCUGCAACUUCAGGAGCGUCCAAUAUCAGGCUUCUGAGGAUCCCCGAGGACUUUGCAGCCAACUCCAUGACUUUUGUAAUCGAUGGUUCAAAGCAGAAAAGCACACCAAAGCCCAGAUGCUGGACCUGGUUGUUCUGGAGCAGUUUCUGGCCCUUCUACCCCCAGAGAUGGAGAACUUGGUGCGGGAGUGUGGAGCAGAGACCAGCUCCCAGGCGGUGGCCCUGGUGGAAGGCCUUCUCCUGAGCCAGGCAGGGGAGCAGGAGCAGUCCUUCACAAAGGACAUCCGAGUUUCUGAGGGAAGCAGGAAUCCAUCAAAUUCUCCUCAGGAGUUUUUGAGGAGCGUUUCUCUGGAAGAUCCAAGUCUGGAUACCUUGGGAGGGAAGACUACAGUGGAGUUGUCUGCUCUUUAUAGUGCAGCUGAAACAGUAGUUGGACCUACAACUCAAGAGGGUCUGGUGUCCUUCGAGGAGGUGGCUGUGUAUUUCUCCAAGGAGGAGUGGUCUCAGCUGGAUUCUGACCAAAAAGCGCUCCAUUGGGAAGUCAUGCUGGAAAAUUAUAGGAACGUGGCCUCUCUGGCAGGUGGUGAAUGGGAGAUGAAGGAUUCUGGCCAAGAAUCAGCAGCACCAUUGCAAAAAGGCAGAAUGAAGCACGCAGAGACAUUUUUUGGAAAGCAGAGUUCUGAGGAAAAAUUAUUAAAAGGAGAGCUAGAGAAAUGCCCUACUUUACCAUAUGUAGCUGUCAGUGACUUCUCGGGCAAAGAUGAUCAACCAGAAAAAGAGGCUUGGGCAGAGUGUGGAAAAGUACCCGCAGACGAAUCAGGAUUAUACAACUGUUGCAGAAGCCACACGAUACAGAAACAAAAUGAACAUGGAAAACGUUUCCGAAGGACCUUCUUGGUUACUUUGCCUCAGAGAAUACAAGGAGAGAAACCAUAUAAAUGCCUGGAUUGCGGAAAAAGCUUCAGAGACUCAAAUUAUCUUGCUUCCCAUAAAAGGAUCCACACAGGAGAAAAACCGUACAAAUGCAGGGUAUGCGGAAAGGGCUUCAAUUUUCCACAAAGCCUCACUUCCCAUUUUAAGAGUCACAUAGGCGAGAAACCAUACGAAUGCCCCAAGUGUGGAAAGACCUUCAGUGAAAAAUAUCAGUAUAAAGUUCAUUACCAAAAACACACCAGAGAGAAACCAUAUAAAUGUACAGAGUGUGGAAAACGCUUCACUCAUUCAAGUUCCUUCACUUACCAUAAAAGAAUCCACACCGGAGAAAAACCAUAUAAAUGCUUGGAGUGUGGAAAGAGCUUUACAACUUCACGUUAUCUUACUGCUCACAAAAUGAUCCACACCGGGGAGAAACCUUACAAAUGCAAGAACUGUGCAAAAAGCUUCAGACUAAAACAUGAAUAUAUUGUACAUAACAGAAUCCACACUGGAGAGAAACCAUAUAAAUGUCCAGAGUGUGGAAAGGGCUUCAGAGCUUCAAAUUGUCUUACUGCUCAUAAAAUGAUCCACACUGGGGAGAAACCCUACAAAUGCAAGAACUGUGCAAAAAGCUUCAGACAUAAAGGUCACUAUAUUGUACAUAAUAGAAUCCACACUGGGGAGAAACCAUAUAAAUGCUUGGAGUGUGGAAGUUGUUUCACUUCGUCAACUUCCCUCACUUCCCAUCAAAGGAGCCACACUGGAGAGAAACCAUAUAAAUGCCCAGAUUGUGGAAGAUGUUUCACUUUGUCAAGUAAUCUCACUUCCCAUCAAUGGACCCACACUAGGAAAAAUCGUACAUUUGUCUGGAGUGUGGAAAGGGGUGAACUCAACGUCAGUCCCUUUAUGAGCACAGAAAAGAACCGUAUAAACAAAUUAUCAGAAAUUUGGGACUUUUCCUUGGACCCAUUUGGAGUUGCGUUACAGGACAGAGAAAGAAUGGAGACCCGACCUUUAGCAAGUGAGGGAACUGGAAAAGCUGAUCAGCCUGGGUGCUGUAAGGAGACCUGGGCAAGAAGUGGGCAGAAGAUCCUGGAAGAAGACACCAUCAUCCCUUCCGAAGUUCAGUCCUGCAACUUCAGGAGCGUCCAAUAUCAGGCUUCUGAGGAUCCCCGAGGACUUUGCAGCCGACUCCAUGACUUUUGUAAUCGAUGGUUCAAAGCAGAAAAGCACUCCAAAGCCCAGAUGCUGGACCUGGUGGUUCUGGAGCAGUUUCUGGCCCUUCUACCUCCAGAGAUGGAGAGCUGGGUGCGGGAGUGUGGAGCAGAGACCAGCUCCCAGGCAGUGGCCCUGGUGGAAGGCCUUCUCCUCAGCCAGGCAGGGGAGCAGAAGGAGCAGUCCUUCACAAAGGACGUCAGAGUUUCUGAGGGAAGCAGGAAUCCAUCAAAUUCUCCUCAGGAGUUGUUUUUGAGGAGCGUUUCUCUGGAAGAUCCAAGUCUGGACACCUUGGGAGGGAAGACUCGAGUGGAGUUGUCUGCUCUGUAUGGUGCAGCUGAAACAGUGGUUGGACCUGCAACUCAAGAGGGUCUUGUGUCCUUCGAGGAGGUGGCUGUGUAUUUCUCCAGGGAGGAGUGGUCUCAGCUGGAUUCUGACCAAAAAGCGCUCCAUUGGGAAGUCAUGCUGGAAAAUUAUAGGAAUGUGGCCUCUCUGGCAGGUGGUGAAUGGGAGAUGAAGGAUUCUGGCCAAGAAUCAGCAGCACCAUUGCAAAAAGGCAGAAUGAAGUACGCAGAGACAUAUUUUGGAAAGCAAAGUUCUGAGGAAAAAUUAUUAAAGGAGGAGCUACAGAAAUGCCCUACUUUACCAUAUGUAGCUGUCAGUGAUUUCUCGGGCAAAGAUGAUCAGCCAGAAAAAGAGGCUUGGCCAGAGUGUGGAAAAAUACCCGCAGACGAAUCAGGAUUAUAUGACUGUUGCAGAAGCCACACGAUAGAGAAACAAAAUGAAUGUGGAAAACAUUUCCGAAGGACCUUUUCUGUUACUUUGCCUCAGAGAAUACAAGGAGAGAAACCAUAUAAAUGCCUGGAUUGCGGAAAAAGCUUCAGAGACUCAAAUUAUCUUACUUCCCAUAAAAGGAUCCACACAGGAGAAAAACCAUACAAAUUCAGGAUAUGCGGAAAGGGCUUCGAUUUUCCACAAAGCCUCACUUCCCAUUUUGGGAGUCACACAGGCGAGAAACCAUAUGAAUGUACGGAAUGUGGAAAACAUUUCACUCAUUCAAGUAAUCUCAGUAACCAUAAAAGAAUCCACACCGGGGAAAAACCGUACAAAUGCAGGAUAUGCGGAAAGGGCUUCAAUUUUCCACAAAGCCUCACUUCCCAUUUUAGGAGUCACACAGGCGAGAAACCAUAUGAAUGUACAGAAUGUGGAAAACAUUUCACUCAUUCAAGUAAUCUCAAUAACCAUAAAAGAAUCCACACCGGGGAAAAACCGUACAAAUGCAGGGUAUGCGGAAAGGGCUUCAAUUUUCCACAAAGCCUCACUUCCCAUUUUAGGAGUCACACAGGCGUGAAACCAUAUGAAUGCCCCAAGUGUGGAAAGACCUUCAGUGAAAAAUAUCAGUAUAAAGUUCAUAACCAAAAACAUACCAGAGAGAAACCAUAUAAAUGUACAGAGUGUGGAAAACUCUUCACUAAUUCAAGUUCCUUCACUUACCAUAAAAGAAUCCACACCGGAGAAAAACCGUAUGAAUGCAAGGAAUGUGGAAAGAGCUUUCGUUGUGCAAAACACCUUACUUACCAUACAAGGAUUCAUACAGGAGAGAAACCAUAUAAAUGCCAGGAAUGUGGAAAGGGUUUCACAGUUUCAAGUUCUCUUACUGUUCAUAAAAUGAUCCACACUGGGGAGAAACCCUACAAAUGCAAGAACUGUGCAAAAAGCUUCAGACGUAAAGGUCACUAUAUUGUACAUAACAGAAUCCAUACUGGAGAGAAACCAUAUAAAUGCCCAGAGUGUGGAAACGGCUUCAGAACUUCAACUUCUCUUGCUGCUCACAAAAUGAUCCACACCAGAGAUAAACCCUACAAAUGCAAGAACUGUGCAAAAAGCUUCAGUCAAAAAUAUAAGUAUACUGUACAUAACAGAAUCCACACUGGAGAGAAACCGUAUAAAUGCCCGGAGUGUGGAAAGAGCUUCACAACUUCAAGUCAUCUUACUACUCACAAAAUGAUCCACACCGGGGAGAAACCCUAUAAAUGCAAGAACUGUGCAAAAAGCUUCAGACUAAAAUGUCAAUAUAUUGUACAUAACAGAAUCCACACUGGAGAGAAACCAUAUAAAUGCCCGGCGUGUGGAAAGAGCUUCACAACUUCAAGUUAUCUUACUGCUCACAAAAUGAUCCACACUGGGGAGAAACCCUACAAAUGCAAGAACUGUACAAAAAGCUUCAGACUAAAAGGUGAAUAUAUUGUACAUAACAGAAUCCACACUGGAGAGAAACCUUAUAAAUGUACGAAGUGUGGAAAGGGCUUCACAGUUUCAAGUUCUCUUACUGCUCAUAAAAUGAUUCACACCGGGGAGAAACCCUACAAAUGCAAGAACUGUGCAAAAAGCUUCAGUCAAAAAUAUCAGUAUACUGUACAUAACAGAAUCCACACUGGGGAGAAACCAUAUAAAUGCUCGGAGUGUGGAAGAUGUUUCACAUCGUCAAGUUCCCUCACUUCCCAUCAAAGGAGCCACACUGGAGAGAAACCAUAUAAAUGCCCAGAGUGUGGAAGAUGUUUCACUUUGUCAAGUAACCUCACUUCCCAUCAAUGGACCCACACUAGGAAAAAUCGUACAUUUGUCUGGAGUGUGGAAAGGGGUGAACUCAACGUCAGUCCCUUUAUGAGCACAGAAAAGAACCGUAUAAACAAAUUAUCAGAAAUUUGGGACUUUUGAGCUAUUUAUUACUGUGGAGAAAUGAAAUGUUAGGGAAUGAAGGGAAGAUAAGAAGGAACGACUAUUCUGAAGAGAGUGGAGAAAAAUAACUACAAUUGUUGUUGUUUUUUUUUUUUUUUUGAAUAACGUUGAGCGUUUGUCCAUACAGAGCCCCGAAUAUACUCUUUUUUGGAAGAUCCAUUUUGGAACUUUUUGCAUCUCUCAGUUUAUUGGCCACUAGAAGCACCUAACAUAGUUACAUAACAAUGACUCUGGGUUUUGACUUUGCUCUUUUUGCUCCUUAAUUUAGAUCUCCAUCACUGAACAUUAAUUACAAGGGCUGUCAACACUUUCAUUUCUGCAAUAGUGGCAAAUAUCUGUAGCUCGGGUGUAGGAUGAGGGUGAAGGUUUGUUUUCCGAUCUUAUAGGUUGGUUUCCGAACAUUUUCUUACCAGGCUAGGAAACAUCUUUAGCGGAGUUUAGAGGAUGUCAGGGUUAAGUGUUUAUAAGGGCUUCAGAUGUGGGUGUGUCAAAAGAAGGUUAGAAAAGAGCAACUAAGAUGAUCAAAGGCCUGGAGACUAAAACAUGAAGAACGGCUGCAGGACUCGGGUUUUGCUAGUCUAAAGAAAAGAAAUAGGGGAGACAUGAUAGCAAUAUUGCAGUAUUU